AGAAUUUAGAGGAAGGUAUGGUUUCAUUGCAAGAAUAUCUCUUAAUAUUAUUCAUUAUACUUUUAUAUUUUAUCAAUUCCUUAAUAUUACUUUAGGAAUGAGCGAAGAAAAUUAAUUGAAUGAUGAUAAAAACUAAAACAGAAAUAAUCUUGAGAAAAUAAUAAAGUUAGAUAAAAAGAAUGGGAAUUUUGAUAUUUAUGAUAAGUAUUCGAAGUAUAUUCAAUUUUCAUAACAAAUAGACGGAAACUGAAAAUUAGAACCUCUUAGAAUAAUUCACACAUCAACAGUUCAUACUAAAAUGAAUACAUUUUAUGUUAUUUUUGGAGACACAUCAAUUAAGUAUACUUCAAGAAAAUUGAUGAACCAGAAUAAGAAAGACUUGAAUAUCUCAAGGCCAUAAAUGAAGACGUCUUACAUACUGAAUUUCCUGUGAAAUAUACAGAUUAUAAGUUUUAUUAAGCAAGACAAAUCCUAAAUAAGUAGUAAUUUAAAUCGGAAAAUUCUACUUAUAAUGAAAAUAUUUUAAAGCAUAUUAGAUUAAGUGGACUUAUUCACAAAGCCAAAGAUUUGAAAAUACCUCAGAUUGAUAAAAUAUAUUAUAUGAAAUAGAAAUCCAUGGUCAAAUUUAAAUAAUAAUAAAACAUUAGGUAUUAAUUUAUUAAUAAAAGUUCGUUAAUUUAAGAAAAUGCUUAAUUAGACAAACUAUUAGAUAUGUUGAAUGAAUAAAUAGAAUUAAGAACUGAUUAAAAGGAUGAAAUAUUUCAAUAGCUUUAAGAGUACUCUUCAGAAUUAUAGCUAAUCAACAAAUAAAAUAAAAAAGAUUUAUAAAAUUUAAAUUAAAAAAUUAAGUCCGACUAACCAUUAAACGUCUUUGGCACUUAGGUUCAUAUUUAUAAAUAAGCACGUAAUAACAAUGGGCUAAGUAAAAGCCAAAUUAUUUACAACAACGAAGCUUUGCUCGUUUAUCUAAGGAAGAGCUUAGAACAAUUGGAUUAUAGAUAAGCUGCUGAAUCCAUUGUUAAAGUGAUUGGUUCGACUCAUUCAGCUAAUGGGUUCACAUUUUGCGUUGCAUUUGAAUAAGCCUUAAACUCAAAUCAUGUGAAUAUUGAGGAAGACAUAAUGUAUGAACUGGAUAAAUUAAGAGAUACAUCAUUAUUUAAGUUUUACAAUAUUCCUCAAAAAACUAAGUAUUCUCACAUAGCUUAAAAUGUAAUCACAAUAAUUUAUUAAAGUUCAUUGGCAUUAACUAAGUAUCACAUAAUAGAUAGAAACAUAAUCCUUUAAUAAAUAAAAACCUUACAAAAGAGUUUAAAAUAACAUCUUAAAAUGAGAAUGAUUCCAAUUUAUCUCGUUAUGAAGCAUGUCAUCAUUGCAAAAUGCUAUUUAGGGAAGAAUACUUAAUAUCUUGUAAUUAUCGAAGCGGAACUAUGGGAUUGCCAAUCAUAAAUUCAUCAAUAACUGAUUCUUAUAUAUUUUCAUAGAGUACAAUUACGAUAAUAAUUUAAGUUGAUGAUGAAGGGAUAGCAAACCGAAGAUAAGUACCCAACAGAAAGAAAACAGCCUAUAGUAUUUAUUCAAAGAAAAGUAUCAAUCUAUUAAACAAUUAGAUGGUGAAUUAAUUUGUCAAAGGAAGUUCUGUAGAAUGUGCUUGAAGUAGAACUAUGAUAUUAAAAUUGAAGAGGUUGCAUAGAAGACGGAUUGGGUAUGUCCCUUUUGUUAAGUAUAUCCCAAUAAUCAAAUAAAUAGGCCAUUUGUUUUUGUUCGAGAUGCCAAAGGAAUGAUAUAAUGAUCAAGUUGAAAGAUUUGUUUACAAUUUGUGGUGGAGAUCUCGAGUAAUUAACCAAAGAUUCAAUUUUUGAGAAAUAUGUUAGACCUUUGACUGAAGAGUAAAUAUAUAAAAGGAAGCCAAGCUAAUUAUAAGUAGAUUCUCUUUUUAUCUUUUAGAGAACUGGUUAAUCAAUAGUCAAAUAACAAUUAAGCAACUUUAGAGAUAUGUAAACUAUAAGGCUUGAUUUUGAAAAUCUAAGAUUGUUGUGCUCUUAGAUAUUGAGGAGAGAGAAAAUGAAAUGGAAAAUAUUAGAAUAAGAUAUUCUUAUGUGGAACGAUUACAUCAAAUCAAAUUAAAGCAAGAAUCAUAAGAAAAUUCAAAAGAAUAGCAAACUGUAAUCGAAAACUAAGUAAAUCACAAAGAAAAUUUAAAAGUAUAUACUAUUUCAUAUCAAAAAAAGGUAGGAGAUUGAUUAAGAAUUUUCAUCAUCACCCUAUUCUAGCAGUAGCGAGUAUUUAUAAAGCAGCGAAUAUGAAUCUGGAGAAAAUCUAAACUAAAUUGAGAAGGAGCAAUAGAUAACUAAAUCGAAAUAGAAAAUGAAUAUAAAAUCUAAUUCAAAAUAGAAAAAAUAGAAAUAACAAUCAAUAAAUUAGAUAUUAUAGAAUUAUAAGUCUUUUCCAGCUAAAAAUCUCAAGAGAGAAGUUGCCUAUCUUUUAUAAUUUCAAGAUACUGAUACUUACAGUUUAAUUCUUAAAAAAAUCAAAUAGGAUCAAACAAAGAACCCAACCAGGAGAUGA